CUUGAUUCGGAUGUUGUGGGUAUGGAACAGUACGUUGAGAUGCCGUGGUAGGCUAGAUAGGCCGGCUAUUAGUAAUAGUGUCAAACCCCGGCCUCCUGUAGGCCGCCAAGGUCAGUCGAUCGCUGGAGAUGUCGUGGCGAUAGACGUUGUCACCUCUGCAAAAGGCAAUUGCCUGCUUCUCUGGCUAAGCACCGAUGCAAUGAGUCGUCUGUUGACAUAUAAGUAAGACCCCGCUCCUCUUCUUCUGUAGUCAUAUAGUCUUAGCUCUUCCAAACUCGAUCACUAUCUGUCUUUCACGUGCAAUUGAUUCAACAAAAUGCAGACGAAGAUAUUUGCUGCCAUCUUUCUGUUUGCUCCUUUUGGGGCCACGCAGGAUCUAGAUCUCGACGACUUCCCACGAGCUUGCCAACAGGCCUGUCAAGACAUAUCUCGCUUAUCAAAUGAUUGCGACAACCAGACUAGUAGUGACAGAGACGAGAUAAACUGUGUCUGCAAUGGCAAUAACGCCGAAGAACAGGCUAGGAACUGCGCCGCCUGUGUGAAAGCUAACGUUCGAGGUGACGAUGACGACGACGACGACGACGACGAUCUUGUUGACGUUUUUCGUGCUUGCGGUUGGAACUAUGAUGAAGUUAGUUCCACAACCACUUCCGGCACGGCAAGCAGCACAGCGAGCACAAGCAGCGUGAUAACUACGACCGAGACUUUCCCAGCCAGCACCACUACAAAUAAUGAAUCUGGAACCUCUACCACGGAAACGUUUCCAGCGAGUACGGUCACGUCUACAGAGCCAGCUUCCCCAAGCAACACAGAAAGCGAUACUCCUGAUAACGCUGCCGCUGGGGUUACUGCUGGCGUGCGUGUCGUCGCGGCUGGCUUGAUGGCUGCCCUCCCUGUUAUUCUAUAGACUAAGCUUCGCAUGUAAGUCUCGCGAGGUCAUAAGACUCGGUGAUACUAUCGAAAAUAGGUAUACAAUGAACGCACAGUUGUAAAUUAGACUGUUGUUGUUCUGUUUCUUUUAGAUUAAUAUCCAAG